CUUUAGGUGGAACAAGAGCUGCUGCUGCGAGUAGAAAGUCACUGAAUGAGCAGGAGGGUUUUUACACUCUUCUACCUCCGUCGGUACGGUUGAAUGAUGAGGAAGAAGAUUACAUCCCUGAGGAUAGAAAGAGCUACAGUGUGACAUGAGAUGAGUUGAAGAAAGGAUUUUUUAACUUUAAGUUGAAGAGAAAAGGCAAAGUUUCCCAAAUUGAACUAUGGCACUGUCCAGCUGUCCAGCUCCAAUGUUGAUUGCAGACUCCAGCCUGGGGGACUGGAAAGUGAUUGGCUCCGGGGGUUUUGGACAAAUCUACAAAGCCAGGCAUCGUCAGUGGUGCUGCGAUGUGGCCAUUAAACUGCUUCAUUAUGACGAUGGGACCAGUAAAUCUUUGCUGCGUGAGAUCGACAUGAUGCGUCGAGGAAGCAGCCCGUAUGUUAUUCAGGUCCUCGGGGUCUUCAAGGGACGACUGCCCUCCUCUGGCCAGUCAGAACAGCUCGGUCUGGUCAUGGAGGUCAUGGAGAGAGGAUCACUAGCCUCCCUACAGGACACCUUACGUGGAGCUCCACCCUGGCCGCUGGUCUUCAGACUGGCUCACCAAGUGGCUCUGGGUAUAAACUUCCUCCACAGUCUGACCCCUGCCCUGCUCCACUUGGACCUGAAGCCCAGCAAUGUGCUGCUGGACUCCUAUCUCAAUGCCAAGCUUACAGAUUUUGGCCUUGCCCGGUUUUACCGCAGUGUCACACGGAUUUCCAAGAAGGACAGCGAAGAGGAAGGGGGGACGAUCAGCUACAUGCCACCUGAGGCGUUUGACAUAUCGUACAGCCCCACCCAAGCCUCUGAUGUCUACAGUUAUGGUAUACUCUUAUGGUCCAUAGUCACAGGGAAACAACCAUAUGCAAAUGCAAUGUCCAGCAUAGUGCGGUUUCGCAUCCCGCAGGGCGACCGUCCAUCACUGGACGAGAUCAAGGGCCAGGCUGCGGGGCGUACAGGAUUGACAGGACUAAUGGAGCUCAUGGAGAAAUGUUGGAAGGAAAGUCCCAAUCAAAGGCCCUCCUCCCUUGAGUGUACAACUGUGACAGAAGAACUGUAUAAGAUGCACAAACAUUCAAUUGUUGAUGCUGUCCAUCAAGUGCUGAAUAAACUGGACCAAAAGGAAGAAGAAAUCACUCAGGUUUCAGUGAUGACCAGAGUUGAAGCAGUAAAUGUCUAUGAUAAUGUGCCGACAGGGCGCCCACCAAUUCAGGAAAUAGCUGGUGGUUGGAUUGUAAAUGAAAGAGACAAAGCAAGAGUCACAGAUCUGCCUUCACCUCGACCUGCAAGUGUGUGUGAUGUUGACCUGAGCCGCACAUCGACAGACCAGAAAGUGAAAAUGUCCUCUGUUCACCCCAUUCAAUCAUCACCACCGGUUCCUUCGACUGGGAGAUUACCUGAAGGCAGAACAGCAAGACCUUCUCAGCUGGCCUUAAGGGAUAACCUGUUUCCACAGUACCAACGUCAGUUUUCCAGCCCUGAUACUUUCCACCAUCCUUCGGCUGCUCGAUGUGGAGUCCACAUCAACCUCAGCAAUGUGACUGGAUUUCAGCAAGGCAACAACAACACCAUGCACAUUUACACCACAGACCCCUUAGAUAGGAAACGGCACCCAACAGCACCACCAAGUGUCAACCUCCCGCUGCCACAUUCAUAAAGCCUGAAGGACAAGAAAGGAGGAGUUGACUGAGUUCAUAGAGUUUACAUUGAGUUCUCUAAUUUUCUUUUACAGUUCUCAAUGCUUCGUUUUAUCCUUUCUUGCACAACAGGAAGGUCAUGUUUUGUAAGAGAAGCUCCCUGUAAGAAGGCAAAGCUGCAUUUAAAAAAAAAUCUUUUCUGUUUUUGCUUUUCAAAUCUGGACAGGAUUCUGUUAUUGUUUCAGUAGCAUGCAGGCUUUUAAAAUUAUGUUUUGGUAUAUUUUAACAGUCUUCAUUUAUUCUGUUAGAACAUUUUAAACCCAUGAGCAAAACCUCACACUUCCUUUUUGCCCUGUCAGCAGUAUAAACAUGCCAAGUCUGGUCAUAUGGUUUUGCUUUUCCACCAACUGUGGUCAACAUAUAGCCACAGCCAUAGUGGCUGCUCACCAUCAGGUGCCAAAAACUGCCUUAACAACAGAUGAACUAUUAAUGAAAACAGAUUGAUACAUGUCUUAAAUAGAUGUCUUUAUAGUUUUUAUUGUUUGUUUUAGCCUGAAUGCCAAGUGCACAUAUGAAGAGUGUCAGAAAUGUACUAACUCCUUAAUACUUUUAUUAUUCAUUUUCCUAACACUGGAAUCUUCACCCCUUUGGUAUGGUAUAGAGGUUAAAACAAACAUGAAGAAUAAAUGGUACAUUUUUUAUCCCAGCCUGGCUACCUUCACUUGCACUGAAAUAUUUAAUUGAAUCAUCAAAAUAUACUGUGUAUAUGUUUUUGGAAAGAGCAAAUCCCUGUGUUUUAGUACUUCUUGCAUGUAUUUGGUUUAUUUUAUACUUUAAAUACCUUGUACCUUUUAUAUACCUUUUGUGGGUACAUCUUUACAAACUCAUGUGCAGCCAAGAAAAUGUUCAAACCCAAAUAACUUAUACAUUUUAUAUACUUUUUACAAUGAUUUUUAAAAUGUACAUUUUUAAAUGAAUUUUCUAAAAAAUGUCAAACACAUUUUGUUGAAUUUUAACAGAAGUGUGUAUAAAAUUAUACACAAAAGAGCCAGAGUUUUGCAGUUGAUGUAAUGGUGCUGCCAUAAAAUGUUGGCAUCUUGAAUACUUCACUCAGUACAAGCAUGAUGUAGCUUCAAUGAAGUGUUGGAACAAGCAUGUAUGGAAUAUUUAUGUGAUAUUGUUUUGCAUUAUGAAAAAAGAAUUGCUUCAUUGCUUUAUAUUAAUGGAUAAGUCUGGCGUUAUUCUAUAUUUUUGUUAUUGUCAACAAAUCCCAUAAAAAGACCAAAACCAACAAAGUA